AUGCCGCUGGACACACUCUCAACGUACCCCCAGACCUUGCUCCGACAAGACGGCCGAAGAUGGAACGAGCUGCGGCGCAUUACCGCAUCGAUCUCGACGCAACCCGCUAGCGACGGCUCAAGCCUGUUGACACUGGGAAACACAAUGGUUCUGUGCACCGUGACUGGUCCAAGAGAAGGUCGUGGCCAGAGAGACAACAAAAACGCGCUCGUUGAGACCGAAAUCAACAUCGCCCCUUUCGCAACAAUGGACCGCCGUCGCCGCAUUCGUGCAGACAAACGCAUUCAAGAACUCCAAUCUACGAUUUCCUCCGCAUUCCAGUCCCACCUGUUUACACACCUCUAUCCGCGCUCUACCAUUUCCAUCUCCUUACACGUGCUCAGCCUUGAUGGAGGACUCCUCGUAGCUUGUCUCAAUGCCACGAGCCUUGCGCUCGUCGACGCCGGUGUGCCAAUGCCGAGUAUCCUCUCCGCCGUGACCUGUGGCGUCAUCGUACCCACCGAAGACUCAAAAGCGAAACCCGAACCAUUGUUAGACCUGAACACUGCAGAGGAGCAGGAACUGGCAUAUCUCUCAAUCGCAACUGUUUCUGGCGGUGAGAGUGCGGAAGAUAAAGUCUCCGUGCUGAUGAUGGAGUCAAGGGUGGAAAUCAUGACAGGUAGUGGGAAGAUCGAGGCUAUGCUGGCAACAGGUGUGGACGGGUGUAGAGAAGUGAGGAGGAAGAUGGAGGAUGUGGUUCGAAAGCAUGGAGCCAAGGUUAUGAUGAGUCUGCAAUGA